CUUAACCAGAUCAAACCCGAUUUGAUCACAUCCAAAAGUGACUGGUAUCCCAUAACAAACAGUAUUGGAGAUACCUAUUCGACUCUGAACCACAAGAAAUACCACCGCACCAGUCUGAAGUCAGCUAUCUCUAAAUUACGAGACGAGUUCAGAUCAUCUGCGUCAUAUACCCUUCUCCGCUGGCCCAUUCUCUUCUUUGUAGGACUCUGGAUGGGUUUCCUCUGCAUAUUGUAUCUCAGCAUUCGAGUGUACGUAGCUCUUCUGGAGUACUUCUUCACAUGGACCGGAGCCCGUAAAAAGCUUCGUGACAAGUUGAGAGCUUCAAGGACCUACGAUGAAUGGAUAAACAACGCUGUCGAGUUGGACAAGUACUUGGGCUUGGACAAAUGGUCUAUAAAUCCUCGUUUUUCAUACUACGACUACAGAACUCUUAAGCUAUCCAUUUUGCGUAUGAAGGCGUUGAAGAAAGAAAACAACGACGAAGACUUAUUAGUUCUCCUCCAAGGGUGCUUGAAGAAGAACUUUGCCGGUAUUGAAAACGAACAGUUAUAUUCUCACCGAUACUACGGUUCCAAAGACCUAGUAGAACAGUACUAUAAAGAAGUGGUAGAUAGCAUAAACAAAGUCACCGAUUCGCCCAAUAUUACAACCGCUCAAAAGCGCAAGUUUUUCCGCAUUGUUCUGAAGAACUAUGGCAAGUCUGCGCUCUGUUUGAGUGGGGGAGCGUGUUUUUCGUAUAUACACUUUGGCAUAGUCAAAGCUAUGUUGGAUAACGAUUUACUUCCUUCGAUUAUCUCAGGAACUUCAGGAGGUGGAUUGGUAGCAGCGUUGACAUGUUGUAGAACUGACGAUGAGUUACGAGAGCUUCUCGUUCCACAGCUUGCUAGAAAGAUCACAGCAUGUGAAGAUCCUUGGAAUGUCUGGAUUCCCAGAUGGUGGAAGACAGGAGCCAGAUUCGAUGCCGUGACUUGGGCCCGCAAGUCAUGUUUCUUCACCAGAGGUUCCUUGACUUUCCAGGAUGCCUACAAAAGAACUGGUAGAAAGUUGAAUAUCUCUACUGUCCCAGCCGACCCUCACUCACCUGUAAUUCUUUGCAACAAUAUAACUUCACCAAACUGUAUCAUUUGGUCGUCGUUGUUAGCGUCUUCUGCGGUUCCAGGUAUCUUGAACCCCGUAGUCUUGAUGACCAAGAAUCCCAAGAGCGACGAAAUUGUGCCAUUUUCCUUGGGUAGCAAAUGGAGAGAUGGCUCGUUGAGAACUGAUAUUCCCGUGGACUCUCUCAACACCUACUAUAAUGUCAAUUUCCCCAUUGUUUCCCAGGUUAAUCCCCAUAUUGCAUUGUUUUUCUUUGCACCAAAAGGAAGUGUUGGAAGACCUGUUUCGAUUCCUCGUCGAAAGACAAAGAACGAACGUUAUGCUGUUUUGAGAGGAGGUUUCAUUGCUGCUGCAUUGGAACAGGUGCUCAAGCUUGAGAUCAAGAAAUGGCUCCAGAUAAUCAAAUCAUUGGAUUUGUUACCUCACGUCAUGGAACAAGACUGGCUGAAUAUCUGGUUGCAGACCUUUUCUGGUGCCAUAACUGUUUGGCCCAGAAUCAGAAUCAAGGACUUCUGGUAUAUCUUGAGCGAUCCUACUGAAGAGCAAUUGGAGGAAAUGAUCAUUAAGGGACAAAGAAGUAUGUUCCCAAGACUUUUGUUCAUCAAGCACAGAAACAGUAUCGAGAGAGCCAUAGAGAGAGGUAGAGCUAUCACUAGGUCGUCUUCUGAAGGUCUUGAAAAGGGAAGCGACUUCGAAGUUCACGAUGCAGAGUAUGAAGAUGAUAAUGAUGAUGAAGAGUAUGACGAUUUUGAAGGAGAUGAAACAGACAAUGAAAUUGAGUUCCAGAGACGUCUCAGUGUAUCGGAAGAAGAGAUUCAAGAAAUCGAGAAGAUGGACGAACAAGAAUAUGAUCUUAGUCCCAGCGAGGUUUAUAGCGACAGUGGCAGCACUGAUCAGAAUCAGGAUAGUAGUUUCCUCGAUAGCAUUUUCGGAAAUGGCAGUCCUAAAAAAAAAUCAAGGAGAAACACCGUUUUCUAG